AUGUCGACUUCUCGAGAUGGGCCAAAUCCUCUAAGACCAUAUUACAAACCGCCAUCCAUCGGUAUAUCACAAGAUCUUCCAAAUACAACGAGCUCUGGAACACAUGGACUGGGACCAAGAAAUGGCAGCGCUGCGUCCUACGCGUCAUCUGCACGCGAUAUAUUCUCAGAGAUGGACUAUUCCGAUUAUCUCUCAGAUACCUCGCCCUCUGCUCUGGAAUCCGUAAGGAAGCAGGUAGACGACUGGUUUUACAAGUACAUGAGCAUACUCCUUGCUCAACCCUUCGAUGUUGCAAAGACUAUCUUACAAAUCAGGUGUCAAGCCUUGGACGAUGAUCCAGUUCAAGUGGCAGAAGACACACCCUCACAGCGGUCAUCCUACAGAGAUUCCAUUUAUGAUGGCUAUCCUUCAGAUGACUCUGAUCCUGACGAGCCAGCAUACUUUACUUCUUCAGCCCCGUCUGCUACUUCAUAUUCUCCUUCACGGCAUCGACGGCGGCAUGAUAGUGACCCUCGUUACUCCCCUCCUUUGCCAAAGGCAACGAAGACCCCUGGCCAUCAGCUAGUUCUCAGGAAACCAGAUUCUAUAUUAGAAGUUGUGUCACAAGAAUGGACCAAGGAAGGAGCAUGGGGUGUAUGGAAAGGAUCGAAUUCGACUUUCGUGUAUAAUAUCCUCCUUCAAACCAUUGAGAAGUGGUCAAGAGGACUCCUCUCUGCCCUUCUGAAUCUUCCCGACUCUGGGUUGAAUAUGGGGAUUGAAGCUUCUGCCGAAAUGAUUGGAGCUCCUUAUCCUUGGGCGUCUCUUGGACUCACGAUUGGAGCCGCUGUCAUUGCUGGGGUCAUACUUGCUCCUUUGGACCUCUUACGUACCAAGCUAAUCAUCACUCCAACAUCUGCUCCGAAGCGCUCGUUGAUGUCACAACUACGCACCUUGCAGUCAUAUCUGUGCCCUACAACUUUGAUUGUCCCAACUGUAUUGCACUCAAUGAUUACACCCACGAUCUCUCACUCCACACCUUUACUUUUACGCUCCCAUCUUGGCAUCGAUCCGGUUACAACUCCAAAUUCAUACGUAUUAGCCAACUUCAUGUCAAAAACGGUCGAACUAUUUCUGAAACUUCCUUUGGAGACAGUUCUGCGACGAGCACAAGUAGCUGCGUUGAAAGAAGACGUUGAAAUGGCGCGUGUACAUGGCCAAUGGGAAGGAGACCUUGAAACUACUGUCAAACCUGGCGAGUACAGAGGCGUAAUGGCCACUAUGUGGUUAAUAGUACGCGAAGAAGGAGUCAGGGAAACUCCUGUGACUUCAACUGCUGUGAAGAAGGUGAAAGGGAAGCAGGUCCCGAAACAGCAGAAAGGCCAAGGUCUACCAGGUCUAUGGAGAGGUUGGAAAGUUGGCAUGUGGGGUCUAGUGGGAAUGUGGAGUGCUCGAGCAUUGAACGGAGUAAAUGCUGAUAACGCUAGUGGUGAGUUCUGA